AUGAGUUCUUCCCGCGUCCAACAAAAGGACACUACCGUCCCUCCAAAGACUGAGCGCUUACCAAAUACUUGGAAACGAUACUCCAGUAUGCUACGCAUAGCGUCAUCCAGCCUAUUGAGGCAACCUUCACAGAAGGCAGACACCUAUCUACAUGAUGUUUGGCUGCUGGAUAACACUGCUUACCGACAUCACCCCUCUCAUAUAUCUGGGGAACUCCAUUCUUGGCGGGUAGAGGUGAUUGCCUUCGUGUUUCGCAAGGAUAGCAGACGAGACAUCAGUAAGUUCGUUGCAGGAAUCGCGGAUCUCAUCGGGCUCGAUGGGGAGAUGGGCAUGGAAAAAGAGAUUCGACGCCGCAUAGCGAAACGACUACAACCGUUUCUGUAUCAUGUUGUAGAAGAUCACUCUCUGCUGCUCGAAAUACCUCUGCCCAACCUUACUACACAGAUUCAUAAGCUCGGGCCUACAGAUGCGAACGGUAUCAUCUCCCAGAUGGUGAACACGGGCGUUCACCACAUCGCAGAUGGAGCCAGAAUACGACCCCAUAUCCGGGGAGUGAGGGAUAGAGCAUCAAUGGAAACAAUCUUUGCUGGCCCGGAAGGUUGGUUGGUGAUAUCGGACAUCGAUGAUACGAUCAAGCAUACGAAGACAUCCGACACCACCGGGAUCCUUCGCACAACGUUUGCUGAAGAACCACGGCCUAUUGCCGGUAUGCCUCAUCUCUAUUCUCAUAUCGAAAGGCAUUUUGAGCCGACGUGGUUCUAUCUCUCGGCUGCCCCGUACCACUUAUACCCCUUCCUGCAUAGAUUCAUCCAGACCCAUUUCAGCCAUGGAACCCUCAUGCUGCGGGACUCAUCCUGGCGAGACGUUAGCGAGCUCGUCAAAUCAUUCACCGUCGAGACUAUGGAGUACAAAGUGGACCAAAUCAAGAAGAUCCGGCAAUGGUUUCCACAUCGACGAGUAAUCUGUAUCGGAGAUUCAACGCAAACCGAUCCCGAGACGUACGCCGAGAUUUACAAGAGCCAUCCCGAGUGGAUCUACGCAAUCCUAAUCCGAAAAGUGACGCACGUACCGCAUCUGGAGAAGCAAAAUUCAUCGAAGCGAUUCAAGACGGCCUUCCAAGACGUCCCCGGACAUGUCUGGAAAGUGUUCGAGCACCCACGAGAAGUAUACGAUCUUCUUGGAUGA